AUGGAGGCCGAGACAUUAGAGCAGAUGCAGGCGCGACACCGUCGUGAGCUCAAAGAUCUUCAGGGAAGAAUCACAAGCAAGAAGAGGAAUGCCACCAAGAAGACACGCAAGGGGGUCAAUGAUGAAUGUGCCGAGAUGGAGCGUCAACUAAGGGAGAAGCAAACCUCUGAAAUUGCAGCCUUGAAUGGAGAGGUGAAAGAGGAUUUGGAGGAUGAAGAGCCGGAACAAGAGGCACAGCAGAACGACGCGACGACCAACGGGACGCAAGUACUGGAAACGGCGACUGCGGAGCUGAAGCUGGAGGAAAGCAACGAUGCGCAAGGCCCACAGCCUGGCAAGAAGCGAAACCGACAAAAGGAGCGGCUGGCGCGGCGUGCGGCCGAGCAAGAGGCAGCGAUGCUCCACGCCGAGCAAGAAGCGUCCAGCAUGACAGACCACCGGGCGCGCGAGAGCACAUACAUGAAGGGCGAGUUUACGGCUCACGGGCUCAGCGAAAAGGAUAUCCAGCCAGACGGCCACUGCUUGUUCGCGGCGCUGGCGGACCAGCUUGCGCACAACGGCAUCCCGCUUGAUGGCGACGACGACAAGGAGCCGGCAUAUCGGACGGUGCGGAGGAAAGCGGCCGGGUUUAUGGAGGCGCACGCAGACGACUUUGCGCCGUUUUUGGAGGAGGAUCUGGAGGGCUAUGCGAAGAAGAUGAGGGACACGGCGGAAUGGGGCGGGCAGCUGGAGCUGAUGGCCGUGGCGAGGCAGUACGGGGUCGAGAUUAGAGUGAUACAGGACGGGAGGACAGAGAGGAUUGGAGAGGGAGAGGGAGAGGGAGAGGAAGCAAAGACGCUGUGGCUGGCAUACUAUCGGCAUGGAUAUGGGCUGGGAGAGCAUUACAACUCCCUGAGAAGGGCGACGGCGACGGCAGCGACGACUACGACGGCGGACUGAACAUCAUGACAACAUCUUGGGAGUUUUUAUUUGCGUAUUCAUGUUAUUUCACAGGUCUAUCAGGAGAGCGUGUUUGUCCUCUCUUUUCCCCUUCUAAAGAAGAAGGGAGCUUAUGGGGGCCAGCUUCAAUCUUACUGCUCGUCUUACCUACAUAUAUAUACGGAGCUCUCGUCACCC